AUGAAUCUCUCGGCAUCUGAAAGGGAGUUAUACCCCGUCAAACCCGGAAGGUAUCCAGACUCAUGGAAACCCAGAGACAAAGAUGACACAAGAUGGAAACGGGCCUACGUUUCACACCUGAAUAUGAUGCAACAGGACUAUAUGAACAGGGGAGUUCUUCAGGCUCCGCUGGUCCAAGGCGAAUCUUGGCUCGUUCCGAUACAAGUACCUUCGCCUUCACACAAAGGCAUUGACACCAAGAAGAAAAUCGUAUACGUGCAGAAGAAAGAAGGGAAGAAGAUACUGCCUCUCGAGAGAAUUGAUCUCGCUUCUUUUGACACAUACAAAGCUGAUGGCUGGAAGCUAUGGGAGCCUCCUUGGAGACCAACCGAGAUACCCACCGACAGAGAUCUUCGAGGCCGUCUUCCUGUGCUCACAGAGUCAUACCCAGUAUCCAAAAGCCUCAAGGAAACAGCGCUCCUUUUCCCAGAGGGCAUACAGAUCUCGACCAUAUGCGAUGGCCUCGAUUGGCACCCAGGGCAACUGCUGGGAACCAACCCGAACGCCGAGGCUCCGAUCUCCAAAACAACAGUCUUCAUGCUCCCCUCCGAGUCUGGGAAGAACCUUGCAUCGGCUACCUCGCGUGGCCAUAUCCACGAAUACGAUCGGCCAAAGUUUGUGGGGGCAGGCUGGGGCGACUACGAUCUCUUUUUUGAGUGGCAACUUCACGGUCGCGUGCUGGAUGUGAAGGAACUGGAGGCGAAAGAUUGGAAGCGUAGGGAUGGGGAAACAAUCAAAUUUGUUCCUGCUUCUGUUCCUGCUUCUGUUCCUGCUCGUGUGUUGGAGGAUGGAGAGGAAGUAAUCAUGUCUUCUUAUAUGCCUUAUCGCGACUUCUACACGCCUCCACCCCUCUACCUGAAAGCAACAGGGGAGGAGCAGGAAUGGAAACAGGGAGAACUUUUCAAUGUGCGUGGGAGGAGGCGGCUACACCGAUGA